AUGCCCCGGUUUCUUGACUUUGACCACCUGUGUGGUACUGAAAUUACACUCGACCAGCCUUCCCUUUCGCCCCCUCGCACGUUCGUCCUCGACGAAAAGAUAUCCGAAGACUACCAAACGAUGACUCAGCGGAUAUAUGAUCAAGGGUUGGGGCCUCCGUUUGCCGUCAUUAAGUUUUCUUGUCACAACCUUCUGGACCCUGGUCAGCAGGGCUUCAUGCGUAUCUACUUGCAGAUACCUAUUGAUGGUACCUUUUCUAGCGCUCCAGAAGUCCGAGCCCAGCAGGCCAUCAGCCAGCGCACCCACACGGAGCUCAAAGCGCUUGCGACUCUAGAUCGCGAAAACUGUACGGCAGUACCGAAAUUGCUUGGCUAUGGAGAAGGGUUGCAAGGCACUGAAGAAUUCGUGCCUGGUGGCUACAUCAACUACGUUGCGUGGACACGGGUACCUGGUGAACCCGUAGACUACUAUUCUUUCUGGAAACGCGACUUUGAAUACCGCCGGCAACUGCGCUCCGCCUUUCGUACCGCCUAUGAAGAACUCAGUAGGUGUUCUUGGCAACCUAGACUUACCCCUCCGAGCAAGCUCAUCUACGAUGAUGUCACCAAGGCUAUGCACAUUUCCGGAUUCCGAGGAGCCUAUCCAAUGGACACUGAGCCAUUCUCAGACGAGACCUACGCGUUAUGGGGAUUGGCAAAGCCAUCUGACAGGCUGGAUUGGUAUCUUGAUAGCUCUGACUGGACCUGGUAA